AUGGCUCAGAUCUUGAAGAAAUUCAACAUAGAGAAGGACAAGGAUCAACAACAUAUGUUGUUUCUUUUGUACUGGUUGAACAGGUUCGUUUUCCCCAAUUGUUCCUCAGCAGUCCUACUCGAAUACAAACACUUGGCAAAAGCAAUGCACAACCACAUUGACGUGGGGCUAGCUCCAACAAUCCUGGCCCAUUUGUAUAAGAAUCUUCACAGCGCUACCUUUGAGAAUCCAACAUUUCUGGUUCUGGCGCAUUCUGGAUGA